AUGGAUAUCAAUCAAACAAUGCUCCCAAGUCACACUUGGAAUCUUGAAAUGUCCACGGAAGAUCAUAUCCUUCAUGACCAAGUUCCUUUGAAUCCAAUUUGGCCUGGCUACCCUCUUCAAACGCAUCAAACACCAUCCUCAACCUCCAGCCGAAUACCUAGUGCAACAACUGUUUACAGAAACCAAAUGGGUCAGCUUGUUGAAGAGGAAGAAGAGCCAGAAGAAGAGUUAAGCGCCAUGAAAGAAAUGUUGUACAAAAUUGCGGCGAUGCAGCCCGUGGACAUAGAUCCAGCAACUAUCCGAAAGCCCAAGAGACGCAACGUGAGAAUCAGUGAUGACCCCCAGAGCGUGGCAGCGCGUCACAGGCGAGAGAGGAUAAGCGAAAAGAUGAGAAUUCUGCAAAGACUCGUUCCAGGAGGCACGAAAAUGGACACAGCUUCAAUGCUAGAUGAAGCCAUCCGCUAUGUCAAGUUUUUGAAGAGGCAGAUUCGGCUGUUACAACCCAAUAACCAGCAGCCACCAUGCCAUGUGAACUGGCAAGUUACUCCAAAUAAACCUCUCGUUUCGACCUCCUCUACCUCCCUGGAGACACAGCAGGCAGGCCCUGAAUUCACUUUCGGUGGAAACGGGGGAAACCCCUUGUGCUUUACUCAUGAGGUAAUUAGUGAUUAAUAUCCCUA